AUGCUGAGCCCACCUCCGGCCCCACCCGCAGCGGCGCAGGAUGAGAAGCGUCCCUCGCCGCCGAUGAAGAUCCCGAGGUGGCCCGUGGCCCGCUUCUGGGUACCGAUCUUCCGCGUCUGGGUGUACCUCGGCAUCGCCGCGAUCGUGCUCAUGACGUGCGUGAACAUCGUCUACUACAUGCCCGUGUAUGGGGUGUACGCCAUGAAGUACCAUCUGCCGCCGCAGCAGCCGGCUGCAGCGGUAGUGGCGACACCUGAACAGCUCCCACCUCCUCCCCCGGAGAUGGAUAUGUGUUAG